AUGCUAUUGACAUCCACCAUUCACUUCAAUCUUACACCAUUAUGUAGAGAGGGACAGUUGAAGGAGGCGCUGCACAUUCUUCUUACUACACAAAAACCCAAUGGAGACUUCACACAUCUUCUGUUGUUGCAGACGUGCAUUAUCAAGAAUACCCUUUCACAAAGGAAAAAUGUUCACUCUUUCAUUGUUCCCAGGCGAUUUGCAUUCACCACUCGCACAAUGUUUCAGAAUAAGCUUAUUAACAUGUAUGACAGGUGCGGAAGCCUGGUGGAUGCUAUUAAAGUGUUUGACCAAAUCAAAGAACCAGACAGCGUCUCAUGGAAUAUGACUAUUGCUGCGUACCGAAAACAUGGCUAUCCUCACGAGACACUCACACUAUUUCACCAAAUGCAACGAACGGGUUUCCAACCCGAUCAGUUCACAUUUGCCAACAUGCUCACAGCCUGUGCUGAAAUGGGAGCUCUACAACAGGGUAUAUAUAUUCAUAAAAGCAUAAAGGAUAGAGGAAUUUCCCCAAAUGUUGUGGUUGCAACUGCCCUUGUAGACAUGUACGCAAAAUGUGAAAGCAUAGACAAGGCACGUGUAAAGCCGAAUUCCUCAACCUUUGCUAGUAUACUUCCAGCGUGUGCCAAAAUGGGAGCUUUGGGACAGGUCUGUGUCAAAAUGGGAGCUUUGGAACAGGGUAUGGAAAUUCAUCAAAAGAUAACGGAAGAGGGAUUUUUAUCAAAUGUUGUAGUUGCAAGCGCCCUGGCAGACAUGUAUGCAAAGUGUGGAAGGAUAGACAAGGCAUCUGAACUAAUGCCUCAAAGAGAUGUCGUCUUAUGGACUGCGAUGAUUGGAGGAUAUGUUCAAAAUGGGUUUGUGGAAAAGGCUUUGGAAACUUUUAAGCAGAUGCAACUGGCGGAUGUAAAGCCAGAUCCUUCGACCUUUGCUAGCAUAGUCCUUGCCUGUGCUCAAAUUGGAGCUUUGGAAGUUGGGACAGCCAUCCAUGAAAUCAUAAUUGAGAGAUAUGCACAAAGUGGAUUUUGCAAGGAUGCGCUCAAAAUCUUUGAAUCAAUGAAACACUCUGGAACACUUCCUGACACUGUGAGCUUUGCCUCUGUUUUAUUUGCAUGCAGCCAUUCAGGUUUAGUCGAUGAGGGCCUUACAUACUUCAACCACAUGAAUAACCAUUAUUGCAUUACACCUACAGUAAAUCAUUAUAUGUGCAUGGUCGACCUUAUUGCCCGUGCUGGCUAUCUCGAAGAAAGCCUAAACUUUAUCAUUAAGAUGCCAGUUAAACCUAUGGUAGUUGUGUGGACGUGUUUUCUAGGUGCCUGUAGAUUGCAUAUGAAUAUAGGCUUAGGAGUAUAUACAGCGACUCUGCUUUUCGAUCUGGAUAUUAAAAAUUCUGCUACUUAUGUUCUUCUCUCUAACAUAUACGCAGAAGUGGGCUGGAGACAGAGCACAUCCAGACAGGAAAUUUAUGCAAAGGUGGAGAAACUGGCUCUGGAGAUGAAGGCAGCAGGAUAUUUUCCAGAUUCAAGACAGUCACUUAAUGAUGUGGUAGAGGAAGAAAAAGAAUUAUUUCUCUCCCACCAUAGUGAAAAGUUGGCAAUUGCAUUUGGUUUGUUAAAUGAGCCCAAUAGAACAACUAUUAGAGCUGUUAAGAAUCUUAGAGUGUGUACUGAUUGCCACAUUACAACGAAAAUUAUUUUCAAUAUUGUUGAAAGAGAAAUUGUUGCGAGAGAUGCAAACUGUUUCCAUCAUUUUUAA